GGUGACCUGGUAAGCGAUUGUGGAAAGCAUGCCCUUUAAGGCCCAGGACAAGCCCAUAUCGGCCCUAUGAGUAGACUACAGUAGCCAUGUCGAUUGACCAGGCCCCCGUGGUAAGAAAGAAAAACAGUGAAGUAGAAAAACGCCUGUUUUCAGACAAAGAAGCUGUCGACGGUCUUCAGUGUAUCUGGCAUUAAUCUGGGCGCAUAAUUAUGACAAGACCGGGAGAGCGGUAACUGCUGGGGCGUUUUUCAGGUCGUUUCUUUGACAUUAAUUAAUCCUGCUUAAGGUUCUUAGCGCGCGUUGGGCCGAACUUGUCAUUCUCCAAACUCUGUUUCGACUCGAUGUUAUUUUUGCCUCCUUUGUAGCCAUUUUCUUUGAGUCCAAAAAGGUGGAAGAAGGGGAAACCCAUCAAAUCCAGUCUGUGGGCAAGAAGAGGACACCUGGAAAGGGGAAAUACGUUUUCGCCAGCGAAUCUUCUAAUAAUAGACCUCCCGACGCAAGAAAGGAGAUGGACAAAAAGAAUAUGGAGAAAACAAUAGACAGUACCGAAACGAUCCCAGAGGUCUUCGAGUCUCGCAAACGUAGGAUCCUUGAUGAUCUUUCGGUUCCGGAUGCAGAGUAUACGGAUCUUUCGCCUAAAGGAUCAGUAGACGAAGGCAUCCGUGAUCUCAUCCGGGAUAUCAAUGCGCUUCCAGGCCUGGUGACAACUAGCAGUUGCGCCGGACGUAUCAGCGUGUUCCUCGAGGGCAAGAAAAAGCAGAAUCACGAACCGCAACAGCAGCAACAAAGGCAGUUUGCGCCCUCGGGAGGGAAAGGCACGGGGAGAUGGCUCUAUGUCUCCCAUGAGCCUUUGGAGAGGCCAGAGUCCGGAAAGGAUGUGACAACUCUGCAUGAGCUGUUUGGACUUGUUCCUGAUGCUGAUUCUGGUGCUGGAAGUCGUGGGAAAAUACCAAAGUUGAUCGAAGAUGGCCAUGCUCCUCGUCUAGUCCGAUUUCAUUUCGAACCCAUGAUCCUCCAUAUAAUGACAGCUACCCUCUCCCACGCCCAACCAGUCCUCGCAGCCGCAUCUAGUUCCGGGUUUCGUGAAAGUGGUCUCCAAAGUCUCCGUUGUUUAGAGGCUGAAGAUGGUUCGAGUCCCAUCGUCGCCGUACGUUCUUCUGGGUUGUCUCUGGAGUCCAUCAUUGGGUACUGUGAUGACGACGAUAGUGUCGCCCCUGACCAGAAGCCCGUAGUUCAUAGUCUUGUCUCAGAGGAAUACCUGCAAUUGUUGGUUUCUAUCUCUAAUGAGCGUUUCGCCGUGAAUACCGAGCGAAAAGAGCGAUUUUGUAAAGCCCUCCUAGAUGCCUGCUCCCCGGAUCGAGCACAGGGAUUCAAGGGCAAAAUGAAGGGGAAACGUCCUGGCUGGGAGGAUCCCGAGAAACGAAGAGAAAGGAAGAUGGCAGAGGGGCUUUUGAGGAAGAAACUUCUUUUCGAAGCCCAAGGAAAAACAGAGGGUGGAAACAGGACGGAAGGAGACGAGCUGGGGGGGAUAGGCGACUUACUAUGAAAAUUAUGUUGACUACUUAUUGUUAAAAAAGAAUUAACUCCCUUCCUCCCAGAUCCAUUUCCUGCAAGAAGACGUACGGAAGCUGAUACGAGCAU